GUCGGUACUACGUCACACCCGGAAGUGAAGCGGCUGUCAUUCUAAUGUUUUCAUGUUCUUGUCUUCAAUGCCAAUGGAUGGUGUUUUUACGAUUAUUGCGCCUGCUAAACGAUGAAUCAUCUCAAUUCUGGACUAUGUGAAAAAGAGCAAUGCAAGACGAUUGAAGUAGCUGCAUGGAUUCGUAGAUGAAUGUUGUUUAUUGAUGUAGCAUCAGUCGAGAAUAUUUCUUUCUUGUUAUGGUUGGUCCUGCAUGCGUGGAGAAAACAUAUCUUCAUAAGCUUCACUGAUGAUUUGCUGAAGACAGGCACAUGUGGACCAAUUCACCUCCUGGACUGAGCUAUAACACACAUCAUGACUAUGAUGGCCUUCGGGGCAAAAGCAGUCCUCUUCAGCCUGAGGUGCACUAUCCAAAGAGCUGGCUUCUUUAACAGAACCAGACUCCUCCAGAGCUCCAAGACAUUGUUACAGAAACGAGGGCAGAUUUUAACCCAGGUACCAAGGGUUGCAUUCCUGUGCUUGGGAGCAGUCAGUGCAUCAUCCUGUGCAGCAAGAUGCCAAGAAGCAACUCUUCCACCUCAAAGAGUGGAGAGAAAGUCUGUGGCUAGAGUCCAAGUGCACAAGUUAAUUUUCUUCCUCCGCCUCAGCCUCCGUGCAUUGGUGCUGCUCCUAAAAUUUGGCCCUCUCCUUCUCCUUUCCCCCUUGGCUCUGGUGUCCGCUCGCUGGGCCUCACACUGGCUGGACGCUCUCCUGUGGGUGACUGAAACAUCCGGUCCUACCUUCAUCAAGCUGGGACAGUGGGCCAGCACCAGGCGGGACAUCUUCUCCCGGGAGUUUUGCGAACGCUUCUCCAGGCUCCACGUGAAGGUGCGCCCUCACCCAUGGUCCCACACCAAGCAGUGUCUCCGCAGGGCUUUUGGAGAGGACUGGAGGAGGGCUUUAGUGUUUGAGAGCAAAGAGCCAGUGGGUUCGGGAUGCGUGGCCCAGGUGUACAGAGGCUGGGCGAGCGACCAAGUGGAGGACCCUGCCUUCCAGUCGCUGGUUGAGCAGAUGGAUAAGGAAGACUUGCUGGAAGCGUGGGAGAUCCCCGGGCUGGGAGGAGUGGUGAGGUCUCUGAGGCAGCUUUUGAGCCGCGGUAAGGAGGAGGAAGGCCAUGAAGAACGAGGUCAUCCAGAGGGUUGGCAUGAAGAGAGAAUGGCAGUGAAGGAGCAUCUGAUACCUGUGGCUAUCAAGGUGGUGCAUCCCGGUGUCAGAAGGCAGGUGGAAAUUGACCUACUGCUGAUGAAAACAGGCAGUUGGCUUCUGCACUGCCUGCCUGGACUCAAGUGGCUCAGUUUGUGUGAGAUAGUUGAGGAAUUCGAGAAGCUCAUGACCAAACAGAUUGAUCUGCGUUUUGAGGCCACAAACAUGGAGCGUUUUCAGGAGAAUUUCCGUGACGUGAAAUAUGUCAAAUUCCCAACUCCGUUACGACCCUUUGUCACCAGGACCAUUUUAGUGGAAACUUUUGAAGAGAGUGAGCCCAUAUCCAACUACCUGGGCUCUGAGGUUCCUCAGGAGGUGAAGCAGAGGAUAGCCAGGAUGGGCGUAGACACCAUGCUGAAGAUGGUUUUUAUUGACAACUUUGUCCACGCUGAUCUCCAUCCUGGGAACAUUCUUGUCCAGUGUUUGGGGCCUCUUCCCGGUUCCAGCGACAGUUCUGCAUCAGCAGAGACCCAUGGUAAGACGACCCUGACUGACUUGUGGGACACGGUGGUGGUGAGCGUCAGGCCCGAGCCAUAUCCUCUCCAGCUGGUUCUGCUGGACGCUGGUAUCAUAGCCCAGCUCAGUGACCAUGAUCUUGCCAACUUCAGAUCGGUCUUCACUGCUGUGGUGCUACGACAGGGUGAACGAGUGGCAGAGUUGAUCCUGAAUCAUGCUCGAGCUAAUGAUUGUCAAGACGUGCCACAGUUUAAGAAGGAGAUGGCCCUGCUGGUGGAUCAUGCCCUUAGCAACUCCCUCUCUCUGGGAAAGAUCCAAGUGGGUGACUUGCUCUCUAGAGUCUUUGGUCUACUCAUCAAACACAAGGUGAAGCUGGAGAGUAAUUUUGCAUCUAUCGUGUUUGCCAUCAUGGUGCUGGAGGGUCUGGGCAGGUCACUCGAUCCCAACUUGGACAUCCUGGAUUUGGCCAAACCCCUGCUGCUAAAGAACUGUGCAUCACUGCUCUGACACACACACACACAUAUACAGCUAAAGCACAGCUAAUCACACACAAUACUGUAAGGCAUCUAUUACCACGUAGUAUAGCUGAAGUAUACAUACACCUGUCAGGCAUUCAUCUGAGUGACAAGAAAAGGAGUUCACAUUGUUGACUUUACCAGAUCUCAGCUACAUAGAUGAUCAGUGGGAUCUACUGACACAUGUUAGAUCUUUGGUUGCCCCACCUGGAAAUAAAAAGAUCUGUUGCGAAGACUUCUUGAAGACAGAUAACACAAAACACCUUCAGGGGUUGUUUUUUUUGGAGUCCCCGCUGCAAGAGGUCAGAGUUGUAUUAUAAGAUCUCUACAAGUGUACAACUGAAGAUGUGGUUUCAAGAUCCCUGUCCUAUCACUUCAUUUUAACAGCGUAGAAGGCGUAAAUACCUCAGUGAGUUUUACAUUUUUGCCGAUUCCACUUUUAUCAUUUGUGGCGUUGAAUUGUAAUUCUUCUUGUAAGUUGUGGCAGAAACAUUUCACAUACAGAUAUAAACUUGAAGAGAGAGUGUGCAUGCUUUACAUGAGGCACCACUUGUUUAUCGAGUUCUAAUGGAGUCAGACACAUUGGCAGACACACAGAUGGCAUCAGAGAGCAUUUGUUGUGAUUUAAGAUCUAAAAGAGAAUACAGCCAAAAUCCCUGGUGGAUUCUCAAAAGCAUAUUUACUUUUAAUAUUGAUCUCAGGGUGUGUUUUAUCACUCCUUUAUUUGCAUUAUAGAUAACGUUGUCUAAUGGACCAGACUUGCUUUAGUGUGUGAGACACAAUGUACUUUAUGUAACAUUGACAGCCUUUAGCUAAUGAUACUCACGACUGACCUGUGUAUUUUCAUUCUCGUUACACUUUUAUGAUUUUGACAUUUCAAUAAAGAAAAAAUGGAUCUACCAUAA